AUGGGCUAUACCAACUGUGGUAAGACAACUCUGAUCAAGGCGUUGACGGGUGACGCUGCGCUGCAGCCUAGAGAUCAGCUGUUUGCCACGCUGGACGUCACGGUGCACGCCGGGACGCUGCCUAGUCACAUGACUGUGCUUUAUGUGGAUACCAUCGGCUUCCUGUCCCAGCUUCCCCACCAACUCAUAGACUCCUUCUCCGCUACGCUGGAGGACGUCAUUCACUCUGACCUGAUAGUCCAUGUGAGAGACAUCAGCCACCCAGAGACUGUGAACCAGAAGGAGAAUGUGUUGAAUGUCCUGAGGAACCUUCAGAUCCCAGACAGACUGAUGAGCUCCAUCGUAGAAGUCCACAAUAAGAUAGAUCUGGUGGACAGCUAUGAGCCCUGUGAGCCCAACAGCUUGCCUAUCUCUGCUCUGAGAGAACAGGGUCUGGAGGAGCUGAAGAUAGUAGUAGAAGAAGCUAUAGUGAGAUCUACAGGGAAACAGGUCCUGACUCUCCCUGUGGACCUCAGCAGCUCCCAGUUAAGCUGGCUGUACAAGGAGGCAACCGUUCAGGAAGUGGACGUCAACCCUGAUGAAGGUUCCGCUGUCGUCAAGGUGAUCAUCAGUGCUGCUGCGUACGGACGCUACAGGAAGACGUUCCAACUUAGUUAGAAACACUACAGGUCUACACCAAUGAUGUGUCUAAACCCUGGAUGAUUGACAGGAGGCUUUUUGAAGCCACCGCGCAGCCAUAGAAAUGCGUUUAUUAAUGUCUACAUUAGUUUUUGACACAUUUAUUAUAUUACAGACACCUUAAUGCAUCAAAAAUGUUUGAUGUUAGCUUAACAUACAAAUAAAAACGUUUUCCUUAAUAAAGUCUUUAUUUUUGAGUA